GAGUAUCAAGAGAGCCAAUAGUAGCAGCGCCACUCUACCGUCCAUCCAGUCGGGGAACAUCUCUCGCCCGCCAACCGCAUCGCGGUCCUGGCAUGCAUGCAUGCAAACGCACUAACAGCUGAUUCGGAGAUCGCGCGCAUGCGCACAACCCACGUGUUGCGUCGGUAUACCGUGUUGGCGUGUGAAGGAGCCAGCGAUGCUUUACCUGGUGGGGCUGGGGCUAGGAGACGCGAGGGACAUCACGGUGCGAGGUCUGGAGAUCGUGAAAGCUGCCAGUCGAGUCUACCUCGAGGCCUACACCUCCAUUCUCACCGUCGGACGAGACGAGCUGGAGGCGUUCUACGGCCGAGAGUUGAUUCUGGCAGACAGGGAGAUGGUGGAGCAGAAGUCAGACGCUCUUCUGGACGGUGCAGCAGAAGAGGACAUAGCCUUUCUAGUGGUUGGAGACCCACUGAGUGCUACGACCCAUACUGACCUCAUACUUAGAGCCGCCAAACGCUCCAUUCCUUACCAGGUGGUUCACAAUGCGUCGAUACUGACGGCUGUUGGGUGCUGUGGUCUGCAACUCUACAACUUUGGGGAGACUGUCUCCAUUCCGUUCUGGUCUGAGACAUGGGAACCAGACUCGUUUCUGGACAAGAUUGAAGCCAACUUGGAGCGUGGCCUACACACACUCUGCCUCCUCGGUAGAAAACAAAGAGGUAGAAAGGUGUUUGAACCUCCACGCUACAUGACAGUAGGCCAGGCAUCACUCCAACUGAUGCGAGCACUCGACAACAGAGCUAAAGACAAUCGCCCACUCAAAUACGAAGGAGCCCUCGACGAUCCUCCCGUCGCUCACCUCCACACGAAACCGCUUCCCCAGAGAGGAAUAUCGUAUCGAAAAAUCACCCACGCCGCGCUCGAUUUCGCGCACGUGUUUGUCUUCUGUUUGCUCUUCACUCUCUCUGUGAUGACAGGAUUCGCGUUUUUCUGGCUUUGUGUGGCUGCAGUUUCUGCGCUGUACGAAGAUCACGCUGGAAGCGUCGACUGGCACCGCCGGUUUUUGGGUGCCGUAGACUACGUCUCACUGGACGGAGCAACUCCGCAAGGCUGCAAACGUCUGCUUGCAGUCUCCCGUAGUGGCGUUGUCGCUGCCCGUGACGCAGAAAAAGGAGAAAUAGCUUGGAGACAUGUCUAUGAGAACGAGGAAAGUGGAGUAAUAGACUCCGUACUCCGGAGUAAGUGGGGUCUGGUGAUAGUCUCCGGGGGUGGACGGUUGCUAAGAAGCUGGGAUGUGUCGUCGGGGUCGUUACGAUGGGAGUCCCUCACCGGAUUGGACGGACGGGGAGAGGAGGAACUGGCGUCGUAUUCCCUGACAUCAGACUGGAAACCUGGAGCUGUUCUUACUACUGUCGUUGGGGCUCAGCUGGUGAGAUUGUAUCCCACAAUAUCACACAGCUUUAGUGGUGUGUGUUUUGUUCCAGAGAUCUUGGUGGUUGCCAUGGGAACAGAGGUGGUGGGGUUCAAAGGUCGUUCGGGGGAGCGACUGUGGAGGACGAGACUGGACCGUGAUUCCCGUGCUGCAGACUCACUGAUUUCUUUGCUCCAUCCAUCCUCGGAUGACUCCUCUCUCUUCAUCUUGUCUGCCUCCCUCGAGACGAAACAGGUUUCACUCGCGCAGCUGGCUGCCGGGACGGGCGUGGUCGAGAAGGAGGCGGAGCUUCCGGCCCCCUGGUUGGUUGCCACGGGAACCAGCUGUGUCAUCGUUGUGGGCGUGGCAGUGUGUCUUGACCUGGUGACCCAGACCCUGUACCAUGGAUCUGGAGAUCGGUUCCUCAGAACAGACCUACAGAGUCUUGGGGUGAGUAGAGUGAGAUUACUCCAACUGGACGAGGAUGGAAAUCAGUUCUGGCUCCACUCUGACCACACCCACUGGGUCCUCGGUCUCCAGGACAACCGUGUUGCUGUGGUGACAGAGACGAGCGACGUUCUGUCGUACGACAGGAGUGUGGAAGGGCGGGGGAGGAUGAGGGUGGGAGUGAGGUGGGAGGAGGGGAGUUCUGUGAGGCUGGUGAUGGGUGAGGGUGAAGAUGAACUCAUCACUGACAGAGUCAAACUGCCCGAGAGAGGAAGACCAGUACAGGGAGAUGUCUGUUUGACUGCAUCUAAGAAGAAACCAGAAUCUUUCCAGUUGGUGCUACUUAUGGAAGAUUCUUCCCUCGUUAUGCUUCACUCACCUGGUGAGGUUGCGUGGGUGAGGGAAGAUGGGUUGGGGUCAGCGGUUGCCAUUGAAGCAGUUGACCUCCCACCAGCUGACCAAUCAGGUUCCAUCGCUAAUUUUAUUACGUCGACCAUGAACGAGGGAAAUCCCCUGAAAUUGGCACUCAUGAGACUAAGACUCCAAUUUUCCCUGGCAAAAGAGUUCGUUAAAGAUCUUCAGAACAGGGGUCUACCCAAUCUGCUUCUCUCUGAAGACGACCUCGUAGUACGAGACCAGUUCAACAUUAGGAAGCUUCUCGUCGUUGCUACGGCAACUGGAAAGUUGUAUGGUCUGGAUAGCAACAGUGGUGACAUCGUCUGGCAGAGGUUUAUUCCAAAUAUUGCCCCCCUCGGCGACGGAUCCCUCGCGCUCCAUCUCCUCCGCACCACCUCCCACCCUCCCCUCCCCCCUCUCUCCGUCAUCAUCGGCAUCUCCACGGAUGGUACUUACUGCACUGGUCAACUAGUGCUGUUUGCAUUCAACCCCAUCACUGGUGAUCAUGUGACUUUGGACGGAGAUCAUGUGACGUCAGGUGACAAUCACAUGACUUGUCUGGGAGCUGUAAGACAGUUGAUAGUACUGCCUCACCUUGACCACACCCACUCCCAUGUGCUCCUCUACAUUACUAAAGACAUGAAGGUGCACACUUUCCCGGCCUCAUCUGAAGCAGUCCGACACGCUGGCGCGGUGGCAACCUCGCAGCAGGUCUUCCUCUUUGCCGGUGACGUGGAAUCGGGACUGAUCACCGGGUAUCAGUUGGAACGGAACGGAGACGACACGCUAGGGACGAGGGAGUCAUGGCAAAUUUUCUACCCUCCAGAAUUUGAAAUCGUCGAAUUUUUUUCUACCAGACCGAAAAUCGAGCGUGUUGGUUCACCGGGACGAGUGAGAGCUGAUCGGAGCGUUCAGUACAAAUACCUCAAUCCUCAUCUGUUUGUCGUCGUCACCAGUGGCCAUGACGAUGCAGCUGGAGAUAAACCGUUCUUCGGUGUUUAUCUGGUGGAUGGUGUUACCGGGGCAACCAUCCACCACACAACGCACAGGAAUGCGGCAGGUCCGGUGAACCUUGAACUCUCCGAGAACUGGAUUGUCUACCACUACUACAAUACCAAACUGCGACGUUAUGAACUCGUGGUCACUGAACUCUACGACCAACCCUCAAACCACUCCCAUUCGGACUGGUCCUCUCUCUCUCCUCCCUCCCUCCCCCUCGUCACGUCUCAAGCCUACGUCUUUCCCUCUUCAAUCGCUGCCAUGGCAACCACGCAAACGAAGCGGGGUCUCACCCACAAGAGCCUCAUUGUGGGUCUCCAUUCCGGGCACAUUGUGUCUCUUCCGAAGCGGAUUAUGGACCCGAGACGCCAACUGAUACCUACAGAUGACAUGAGGGAGGACGGACUGCCAAAGUACGAGCCAGCUCUCAUCCCUCGACCGGUGAUGUUCGUCAAUUACAAUCGCACUGUCAGCAGAUUGAGGAGGGUCACCGUGGCAACCACUGGACUGGAGUCGACCUGUCUGGUGUUGGCAUCGGGACUAGAUCUAUUCUUCACUCGAGUAACUCCAUCCAAACAAUUUGAUUUACUGGCCGAAGAUUUCGACUACCCUCUCAUAUCAGCCGUCGUCAUGGCGCUGGUCGUCGGGACGAUGGGCCUCUCCUACUUCGCCAAGAGGAAGUCCCUAAGAGCUCUGUGGAAGUAACCUUGCACCUCCAUCACCAUAGAAACACAAAUUGUAAAUACAGGUGUAUCAUAAUCAGCAAUCAAAAUCUUUAUUUCUACUGUACAUGAAAACGAAACAGAUCAACUGAUGUGGACAGUACGACGCGUCUUUUCCUUCUUGUUUCGGUUGUUAUGCCGUUUCCAUGGUUUCCCCACACCCACCAUGGAACUAGUAACAGAUCAACUGAUGUGGACAGUGCGACGUGUCUUUUCCUUCUUGUUUCGGUUGUUAUGCCGUUUCCAUGGUUUCCCCACACCCACCAUGGAACUAGUAACACUAGCUGCAUCAGACGUUCCCUCUCCUUCCUCCUCCUCCCCCUCUCCCCCUUGCCCCUGUCCUAAUGAAAGGCGAUGAUUGGCACCGGAUUUCCUAAUGAAGCCUCUGACUCCAUGGCAACCCUUAGUGAUGGCUCUCACCUCUUCCUGUUCCAUAAACUGCUUGUCAAAUUCGCUCAGAGUAACUCCGCCACUUUUUCCUUCUCCUUUGUCUUUGUCUAUGGAUGGUGAAUUAACCCCUCUCUCACUACCGCCCUCCCCCACUCCCUCUGCCGCUGGUGCUCUUGCUUCAGUGGGAAU